AACAUUAAACUUCAAUUGUGUUUUUAAUUGUGACUUCAAGUUUAAUUAUCGGUUAAAUUAAUUUAUCUAUUUCUUUGUUUAUUGUUAAAUUGUUUAUUAUUUGGUUUUGAUUGAAGUUGAUCGGAAGAGCAAAAUGAAAGAUUUACAACGUGACUUGGAACCAAAGGAAACUACUAAGGAGAAAGAGAAAGGAAAAGAUGAAAAGGAAAAUGAAAUGUCUGAAGAGGAUAAGCAAUUACAAGAGGAUUUAGAGAUGUUGGUUAAUCGUUUGAAAGAAAGUGAUACAAGUCUGUAUCUACCCGCUUUGGAACAAUUAAGAUCUCAGAUUAGAAGUGCAACAACUUCUAUGACCUCAGUUCCCAAGCCUUUGAAAUUUUUACGAGAUCAUUAUGAGACUCUUAAGAAUAUUCUUGAAUCUAUGCCCAGUGAAGAAACUCAAAGAUUUGUGGCUGACAUUAUCUCUAUUCUAGCAAUGACCAUGCCACCCGAAAAAUAUGGUGUCGGAGAAGCUUUAAAGUAUCGGUUAAAGGGAAGUCGGGAAGAGAUUGGAUCUUGGGGUCAUGAGUAUGUUCGUCAUAUUGCCGGUGAAAUUGCAAACGAUUGGCUAAAUGAAUCAACUCCUGAACAUAAAGCUAAAUUGGUGGAAUUAGUUCAUGAUAUUGUUCCAUAUCAUAUGAAACACAAUGCUGAAGCUGAAGCAGCCGAUCUUUUAAUGGAGAUUGAGAAACUUGAACUUUUGGAUAGCUAUAUUGAUGAUGAGGAUGUUUGUCAAAGAGUUUGUCUUUACCUGACAAGUUGUGUCUCUUAUGUACCCGAUCCCGAGAAUACCAAUAUUCUGAAAACAGCUCUUAGAAUUUUUGUUAAAUUUAACAAAUUACCAGAAGCCUUACGUUUGGCUAUGCAGCUAAAUGAUAUGGAUCAAAUUAAGAGUAUUUUAACUGGUUGUAAAGAUGCUGCUCUACAAAAACAGUUAGCCUUCAUGAUUGGAAGGCAGCAAAUUUUCAUCAUGGAAGAUAUUCCCGAAGCUGAAUUAACUGAUAUUAUGUCAAACACUCACUUAAACAGUCAUUUUCUUGCCUUAGCCCGUGAAUUAGAUAUUCUUGAGCCGAAAACACCUGAAGAUAUUUACAAAAGUCAUUUGGAAACCUCAACUCGAUCAUCUCAUGGUGCAAGUAAUGUUGACUCGGCUCGAGCUAAUUUGGCCUCAUCUUUUGUCAAUGGUUUCGUCAAUUGUGGUUUUGGUAAAGAUAAAUUACUCUUAGUUGAUGAUGGUAAUAAAUGGCUUUACAAAAACAAAGACCAUGGUAUGCUUAGUGCAACCGCUUCACUUGGAUUAAUUUUACUUUGGGAUGUUGAUAGUGGUCUCACCCAAAUAGAUAAAUAUCUUUAUUCAAGUGAAGAUAAUAUUAAAGCUGGAGCUUUACUUGCCUGUGGAUUGGUUAAUUGUGGUGUUAGAAAUGAUUGUGAUCCUGCUCUUGCUUUACUUGGUGAAUAUGUUACCCAUAAUUCACCUCAAAUGCGUCUCGGAGCGAUAAUCGGUUUAGGUUUGGCUUAUGCUGGUUCUAAUCGAGAAGAUGUUAUCAGUACUCUUCUUCCCGUUCUUACCGAUUCUAAACAAAACAUGGAGGUAUUAGGAAUCACCGCUGUCUCUUGUGGUCUAAUUGCUGUUGGUUCAGGAAAUUCUGAUGUAACAGCAAAUUGUUUACAAAUUUUGAUCGAUCGAGACUCUUCAUCAAAGAUUGACCUUAAAUCUGAACCAUUUGCUAAAUUUUUAUCCCUCGCCAUUGGUUUAUGUUAUUUGGGACGACAAGAAGAAGCUGAAACAAUUCAAGCAACAUUAGAUGUACUCACCAAUGAACCAUUUAAAGCAAUGUCGAAAACAUUAUUGGACAUUUGUGCUUAUGCUGCCACUGGAAAUGUUUUAAAAAUUCAACAAUUACUUCAUAUUUGCUCUGAAAAGAGAGACACCAAAGAAGAAGGUGGUGAUUCCACAACUACAUCAACUUCUUCAACCUCUUCUUCUUCCUCCACCUCCACCUCCUCAUCAUCUUCAUCUUCUCCAUCAUCAUCAUCCUCUAAAAAGAAAGACUCUCCCAGUAGUAGUAGCAGCAGUAGCUCAUCAACAUCCGACCUUUCAGCUCAACAAUCUGUAGCUACUUUGGGAAUCGCGUUAAUUGCAAUGGCCGAAGAAAUUGGAUCAGAAAUGGCUUUCCGAUCCUUUGGUCAUCUCUUACGUUAUGGUGAUGCCGCCAUCAAACGAACCGUUCCCCUGGCUUUGGCUUUAAUUUCUGUUUCCAAUCCAAAAUUAAACAUCUUGGAAACACUUAGUAAAUUUAGUCACGAUACCGAUAUGGAAGUAGCUUGUAAUGCAAUUUUCGCCAUGGGAAUCAUCGGUGCGGGAACCAAUAACGCUCGAUUGGCAACCAUGUUACGUCAACUUGUCCAAUAUCAUGCAAAAGAGCCUAAUGGACUUUUUAUGACUCGAAUUGCUCAAGGGUUAACCCAUUUGGGUAAAGGUACACUAACAUUGUCACCUUUCCACUCUGACCGUCAAUUGUUAGUUCCCACCGCAUUGGCUGGUUUAUUAAUUGUCUUGGUUAGUUUACUUGAUGUUAAAUCAACCAUUUUGGGUAAAUCACAUUACCUUUUAUACUACCUGACGGCAGCCAUUCAACCUCGUAUGUUGGUUACUUUCAAUGAAGAUCUCCUGCCCUUACCUGUGCCCGUUCGAGUGGGUCAAGCGGUUGAUGUUGUCGGUCAAGCGGGUAAACCCAAAACCAUUACCGGUUUCCAAACACACACCACUCCGGUUUUAUUGGCUCUCGGUGAAAGAGCUGAACUUGCCACCGAAGAGUAUCAACCAUUAACACCAAUACUUGAAGGUUUCGUGAUAUUAAAAAAGAAUCCAAAUUAUAGCGGAUAAACAGAUAUAAUCCCUAAUUCCAAUCCAAUCAGCAAAAAAAUUGAAAGAAAAAACCUUAAACCAAAUUAACUAAUUUGAAAAACAAAUUUAUUAACCUAAUUGCUGGAAUUGAGCUUGGACACAACAACAACAUUGGAUACAGAAUACAAAAAUUUGCUAUUAACUAAUUCUCUCCCUUUAACUUUCUCAAUUCUCUCUCUUUCUUUUUCUCUUACCUAUUUUUUUGUAAGAUUUGAUCAUCACCCAAUUAAUUAACUAUUAUUAAUUAAUUCUUAAGAAAACAAAAAAUGGUAUAGCAAAUGUUUUUGAAGAUAAUAAAGUUCACUUUGGAUAACAAAAAAAAACAAAAAUCAAUCAUGUAUUUCUUAAUCCAAUAAAC